GGCUGAUAACCCAGAGGAGGAGUGAUUCUCUGACGUGACGUCACGAGAAGCGGGUAUCUGCGUGACGUCAUGGCGGGCGCGCUCAGUGAGACUCGAGUCCGUUCACUCCGGUGACUGAUGCGCAAACUUCUAGUCAAGAAGAAGAAAAUGGUAUAAGAAUAAAAUAAUGGAGAAAGCAAAAGAAGGACUUAAUUUAUUCGAAUUCGCGUUUUUUUUUAUUCUGCUGAUAUUAAGGAAGUGUUUUUUGUAAAAUAUUGAAAGCAAUAAUUCAAGUCUAACCCUUAUUGGAGCAUUCGUGGAUUUUCCCCCACUUAUAUGACAUGGAACUGUUUAUGCCAAGAUCAUUUGUCUUUACUACAUUUGGUAUUUUAUGAACUUUAGUUUUGGCUUGGCUGGUGCGCGUGCUUGGAGACCGUGAACCUUUUUACGCAUCUUGAAAAUUUCAGAGCUGCUCGGACACACAAACCCACGGAUCUACCAUGUUUUAAUAAUGUUUUUUAUUUUUAUAUGUUGCAAAUUUACUUGAAUGUUUUUUACGGUCUAAAAACUUUGUAAAUUGUUUUGACGCGCAAGUGUCCUUUUGUGCAUCUCCAAGCGCCUUUGUUCCAUUGCUGCAAGUGCACGCUGUCUUGUUUUUUUUUUUUUACACCUCAAGAUCAGACCAGAUAUAUAAAUAUAUACUGUAUAGCCUUUUUGUGUAGUUUGGGUAACUAAUCCAGUUAUUUAAAACAUUUGACUUAUGCUUUGGAAUUAUUUUUUUCCUUUUUAUUAAAAGUGGCCCGUUUUGUAGUUACGCAUGUUACGUUUUACUUGCUGAUUUUUUGAAUGAUUUAGUAGUGAAAUAGACGGACUGCAGGAUCUCCUAAAUGCAAGUGUAAUAUCUUCAUUUAGUGUUUUUUCUUUUCUUCUUUUAGUUCGUCAAAGGAAGCGUCUAAAGGAUGUCAUUCUUUGAUGUAAAGACUAAUAUUAGUCAUUUGACUUUCAGUGAUUUUCUAAAAGAAAGAAUGCCUUUGGAAGGAUUACGCUAGGAUUUAAUUCUUUAACAUAAACUGCUUUGCACUUCUCUGUCUUGCCUGGAACUUCAGUAUGACUGUAAUACAUCCUCCAUAUGCUGCAUGCAGGUUGGGAGCAGGAAAAAAUCUUAGUUCUGAGGUUAAAGCAUGCAAUUCCAAUUUUUCUUAUUCUCCUGAAACCACAGCUGCAUUUGCCACCUCAAUGACGCUGAUCAUGCUCUUCACCAUCUUUGGGAACAUCCUGGUGAUCAUCGCAGUCCUGACGUGUCACUCUUUACGAGGACCUCAGAACCUUUUCCUGGUGUCCUUGGCUGCAGCGGACAUCCUGGUGGCCACAUUGAUCAUCCCGUUCUCCUUGGCCAAUGAGCUGAUGGGCUACUGGUACUUUGAGUCAUUUUGGUGUGAGAUCAUCUUAGCGCUGGAUGUGCUCUUCUGCACGUCUUCCAUUAUACACCUGUGUGCCAUCAGCCUGGACCGCUACCUGUCCAUCUCCCGGCCAGUGCAAUAUGCGACCCAACGCACCCCUCGCAAGAUCAAGGGGGCUAUAUUGGUGGUGUGGCUCAUCUCUGCGGUCAUCUCUUUUCCGCCGCUGGUAUCCAUGAAUAAGACCCCUCUGGAUAAGGAUGGUUGCGGCCCACAGUGCAAACUCAACGAGGACCCCUGGUACAUCCUGUACUCCUCCAUUGGGUCGUUCUUCGCCCCGUGCCUCAUCAUGAUCUUGGUGUAUGUUCGCAUCUAUCAGAUUGCCAAGAAGCACACUAGAUGUCCUCCAGGAGAGCCGAGGAAAGACUCUGCAGGUGGUGUGCCACCUGGCCGAGAGCUGCAGAACGGGAAAAACCAGGGAGGUGUUGACCCUGUGAAUGUCCCUAAUAUGACUGGAUCCAGAUUUAACACUGUAAACGAGCCUCAACCACCAGCAGAAACUCGGCAGAAGAUGAAACUCUCAAGGAGGUGCAAGUACAACGAGGACAGUUCAAGCUCCGGCUCAGACGCCGAGGUGGUUGGGGAAAAUAAUGCCAACGGGACAACCUCCAGUGUGGGGGAGCUGGAGCCUGGCCACCAGACAUCCUCACCAGCCCAAACAUAUCGGAAAGUCAUUGUAACAUCAAAGGGCAGCCAGCUGGCCUCUUCAAACAUGAAACCAGCAGGAACUCCAAACAGCAGGAGGAAAGCCAUGAUUGUCCGCGAGAAGCGCUUCACAUUCGUCCUAGCUGUCGUCAUUGGGGUUUUCGUUGUCUGCUGGUUCCCGUUCUUCUUCAGCUACAGCUUGCAGGCCAUUUGUCCAGAGGCUUGUAAACUACCAGAGCCACUUUUUAAGUUCUUCUUCUGGAUUGGCUACUGCAACAGUGCCCUGAACCCACUCAUCUACACCAUCUUUAACAGGGACUUCCGUAAAGCCUUCAAAAAGAUUCUGUGUAAAAGGUGUAAGGACUGUUCUUUUUGAAACUGGACAACCCUAAAAAACAGUGUCAUAAAAUGUUGUUGCUCCCUCACAAAACUGGUCAGGGUCAUUUUACUCCAGUAUUUCAUCUAUAAUUUUAGACAUUUUCGUGGCAAAAAAUCAUUUCAGCCCAAACUUUCCAUUAUUGACUGCACGUUGUAUUUUAAAAAGUUGCGAUACACCCAAUUACUUUUGUUUGAUUUGUUCUCAAUGUUGGAACUUUUUUUAUCAGUAUUUUUAUAUAUCAGUUGAAAGAUUGAAAACUGCACCUACAAAGCCUCUACAAACAAAGAUCAUUUGAUAAUUAGUUUUUCUUGCCAAAGAAACUAGCCAUUUGUAGAAUUUUUUCCUUUGCAUGUUCAGGAUUGUCUUUGAGUCUUUAUAAAUGUCUUUGCAUGGCAGGGAUUUGGAAAGAGCAUGUUUAGUUACUUUAUUUUUGUUCUUUAGUUGUCCUGUCAAAAUAAUGUCACAAAGCAAGACUAUUUUAUUUCUUAAUUUUGGGGUGAAAAAUUACCGGUCCAUGUUUUUGACUGGAUUUUGAAAAGCAUACGGAUAAACACAUAUCUGAAAUUCACAUAAUGGUUUCCUCUGUAUGCAGAAUUUUAAAGAACAGCUAUGUACUUUUCUCUUGAGUGUUUGAUGACUAAUAUUACAUCAGCAGUUCCCUAUCCUGAACUGAGUGGAUAUAUCGGCACACAUUCCAUUCAUUUUUGUAAUUCAUCAGCUGAGGUGCCACAUCAAACACGAGGAACUCUCACAAGAUUGUGCUGGUGUCUCUCCAGAGAUGCACUGCCCUCCAGGAUGUUGUUUGUGACAUUUCUAGUGUGCAUUCAAAGACAAUGCAGCUCUUUCUUAGAGACACCUCUGGCUCCGCUGCAUUGUGAGAUCACAGAGCUGGAUAUGAGAAGAUUUCAGAGAGCUUCACCUCUCUGGAAAAGUGCCAGAGCUCUCAACGCAGAGAGAGGCUUUGCUCUCUGGAGUGAGAGAAAAUAAAGCAAAUGCAUUUAGCUAGCUUUAAAAUUGAACCCAAACACCCUCCGUUUUGAUUAAAAGCAUGGUUUUGACUGACAUUUUUGCUGGUUUUCACAGUUUUACCGAUGAAUGACAUGGAAUUCCUGGAUAAGAGUGUGCUCAGUCUCUGUUAUCACUUAAUUUGAUGGAUUCUGAUUGAAAGUAAUUGCUGUUGUGUCUGAUCCUUUGGGUUAUCAGAACCUCUUCCGGUGUUUUUGUGUCUAAAGAAGAGAGUGGCAAUUAUGUAAAUGAAUUGUACACUUAUUAAUGCCUCUUGAUAAGACUUUUUUUGUGUGUGUGCUGUCAUAAGAAGGUUUGCGCACAUUAAUUUAGCUUCUCAAUGAUAUCAGUGACUGUGAGUGCAGGUAAGUAAAUCUUGGCAUGUACUCUUGACAAUAAAACUGCUUCUCAGAAUUUGGUCCCAUUAACUGUCCUGCUGAAAUGAACUGUUGAUGUAAAGCAAAUAUAUUUGUGAAAAUAAAUGUACAUU